UUCAAAAAACAAUGCAGCUUAGGCAAGUUGCUCUUUUUUCUUUCCCACUUGUGCUAAUCUUGACAUUAGCCACCGCCCAAAUUAUCCCUACUAACACCACUACUCCUCCUCCCAUCACCACCACUCCUCCUCCAACGACAAACACCACAUCUCCGCCAACCAACACCACCACCACCAUUACCAAAGCAGCUAACAUUACAAAACCAGGAUGUCCGAAAAAGUGUGGGAACCUUACAGUACCAUAUCCUUUUGGGAUUGGCUUAGGAUCUGGUUGUGCAUUAAACCCGAAUUUCAAGAUCAAUUGUGACACUAAGACAACUGGUACUCCGAAACCCUUCAUAUGGAACAUUCCGGUUUAUGACAUCUCGGACGCUGAAAUGCGCGUAUCAAGUACGUUAAAUCGGAGGUGUUAUUCAUCAACAGGAAUGUUGAUUCGAGAUGAUCCUGCAUGGAUGAGUUUAGGAACCUCAAGUCCUUACAGUUUCUCUAUCCUCAACAGAUUCACCGUCGUUGGUUGUGACGAAGCUGCAAUAAUAGUUGGACACGACUUCGCUAAUGGCUGCCCCAGUGUCUGUAUUAGUUCAGAUCAAGUAGUUGAAGGAAGAUGUAUGGGUGCUGGUUGCUGCCAAAUAACAAUACCAAAAGGCUUGAAAUAUUUCAACACAACAAUGCAAAGCUCCAAACAAAAUCACAGCUUAGUUUGGUCUUUUAAUCCAUGUGGUUAUUCAUUUCUUGGUGAGGCAAGUCGAUUCCAAUUCAAUGGCAUACAAGAUCUCAGUGAUGUUAAUUUUGUAAAGAAGAUUUUGGAUAAUGUUCCUAUUGUGCUAGAUUGGGCUAUUGGAAAUAUAAGUUGUGUCGAAGCGCAGAAACGUAACGAUUAUGCUUGCUUGCGUAAUAGUCAGUGUAUCGAUUCCGACACUGGCCUUGGUGGUUAUAGGUGCAGCUGUAACCCGGGAUAUGAAGGCAAUCCAUACAUCGGCCCAGCUUGCCAAGAUAUUGAUGAAUGUGCGGAUCCAAAUACCAAUUCAUGUGAACAUAAUUGCAUAAAUACACCGGGGAGUUACAAUUGUUCCUGUCCAGAAGGAUACACUGGUGAUGGAAAAAAGAAUGGCCGUGGUUGUAUUGCACCAAACUCGAACUCGGAGUUCCCAUGGAUCAAGUUUUCUGUAGGUAUGGGAGUUGGUUUUAUGUCCCUAAUAGUUGGGAUGACUUGGCUUUAUUUCAGCAUCAAGAAAAGAAAACUAAUUAAACUUCGGGAGAAAUUCUUCCAACAAAAUGGUGGUUUGCUCUUGAAACAACGAAUCUCUUCUAACGAGGGUGGUGUGGAAGCAACCAAAACUUUUACAGCGGAGGAGUUGAAGAAGGCUUCGAACAACUAUGCCAGUGAUAGAAUUCUUGGUCGUGGUGGAAAUGGAAUUGUCUAUAAAGGUAUUCUACCUGAUAACCGCAUAGUUGCAAUUAAGAAAUCUAAGUUUGUGGACGAGGAUCAAACUGAACAGUUCAUCAAUGAGGUACUUAUUCUUACUCAAGUCAACCACAGAAACGUGGUGAGGCUCUUUGGGUGUUGUUUGGAAGCUGAAGUGCCUUUACUGGUCUAUGAAUACAUUUCUCAUGGAACUCUUUACGAGCAUAUCCACAAUCGAAAUGGAGCACCUUGGUUAUCUUUGCAAAAUCGACUACGAGUUGCUAGUGAGACAUCAAGUGCACUUGCUUACCUUCAUUCACCAGUGCAAAUGCCUAUUAUACACAGGGAUGUCAAGUCUGCCAAUUUAUUAUUGGACGAUGUUUACACUGCGAAAGUGGCGGAUUUUGGAGCUUCAAGAUUAAUCCCUCUUGGUCAAACACAUAUUGCUACAUUGGUUCAAGGGACAUUAGGGUACUUGGAUCCUGAAUAUUUUCGCACAAGUCAAUUGACUGAGAAAAGUGACGUGUAUAGUUUUGGAGUAGUUCUUGCAGAACUUUUAACAGGGAUGAAACCUAUUUCGAGGGACAGAAAUGAUGAGGAUGACAAGAUCAAUUUGGCAGAAUAUUUUGUCCUGUCCAUGAGAAAGAAUCAAUUGUUUCAAAUUCUUGAUCGUCGAGUGGUAAGAGAAGGAAGUCUUGAGCAACUCCAAAAGGUGGCCGAGCUAGUGAAAAGUUGUCUUAAAUUGCUUGGAGAAGAUAGACCUACAAUGAAAGAAGUAGCAUCGGAACUAGAAAGUUUGAGAAAGUUUACCAAAAAUAACCCUUGGGCUAAUGGACACGGAAAUGAAGAUGAAUCAUCAGAUCUUUAUUCAAUUCCAAUUGAAUCUAAUACAGGUAUCAACAAUUUCUCUGGACAAUAUUGUUCCGACUCCAACACAAAUAGCAGCAACUUUUCUUCAAUGAUAUAUAAUACAAAUAUCCCACGAUGAUCUAAAGAAGGCCAAAUAGUUCUUCAAUGUUGAAUUUUUUGAUGUAAUAUUUUGCUUUUGAUUUGUACUUUUCUCUUUGGAUAUCGGUUUGCACAGAAAAUUAUUCCUUCAAGAGCCUAUUGCCUUUAGGGUCAAACUUCAGGUGAAGCUUAUAAUGUAUAGUUUCUAGUCUUAAUAUGAGAAAAUUUGUUGUUUAUACUAUUGUUGU